CUACCAUAUUUGUUAGUGAGUGGAAACUCCAGGCGGAUGCUUCACAUUUAAACAUUCGGUGAAAUAUCUGUGGAUUCACUCUGCACAUUUUUAAAACGUCUUUCAACAGGUUAUUACUGUCCUCCGUGAAGCACACGCCGAGAGGACAGAGGGAUUUAACAUCUUAAUCACUGGAAAUUUGAAGAAAUGGCUGAUGCAGAAGUCAACCCCAAGGCCUACCCUCUGGCUGAUGCCACACUGAGCAAAACCAUCCUGGACCUUGUGCAGCAAGCUGCCAAUUACAAGCAGCUCCGCAAAGGGGCCAAUGAAGCCACUAAAACACUUAACCGCGGUAUUGCUGAGUUCAUCGUGAUGGCCGCAGACGCAGAGCCCCUGGAGAUCAUCCUCCACCUGCCACUGCUCUGCGAGGACAAGAACGUGCCCUAUGUGUUUGUGCGCUCCAAGCAGGCCCUGGGACGCGCCUGUGGGGUCUCACGCCCAGUCAUUGCCACUUCGGUCACCAUCAAGGAGGGCUCGCAGCUUAAGCCCCAGAUCCAGUCUACCCAGAUGGCCAUUGAGAGACUGCUGGUGUGAGCAGAGAGCUCAGGAUGGGGGUUGUAGGGUUAACAAUGGGACACCACCUGCUUUGGUCAUAUUCAGAUUUUUGUAAAUGGAACGGACUAUGAUUUAAUGUUCUCCUGCCAGACUUAUGUACAGAAGAUUCUAUUUUGAAAUGUUGGGACAGAAUAAGUAUAUCUGAAGCGUUGGAACAAAAAUGGUUUAACUUGUUUUUAACAUUACUAUGUUGUAAAUGUGGCAAUUAUAUAGAGUAUAUGGGACAUUACACUUAGCUUUCCGUAUGUUGACCUUUUUCCUUCAUUUGGUGCAGUUAAAGGUGGACAUGUUCAUUCCAGUAUUUGUAGUGUUUCAUUUGGGAAACAUUCCUACAUUGGGCAAGUCCCUGUAGGUAAUAAUGUAUAAUUACUGAAGACCCUGUUCAAGUUUCAGCAUUAUGGGCAGAUGGAUGCAUGUAUGACACUGGAAACGUGGGUAAAAUGGGUCUAGAUCCUGGCAUCUAUAGGGGGACAAGAUUAGCAUGCCACUCUAGGUUGAGAUGCACCCAAAAUAGUCAGAUUCAGUAAUAACCAUAUUGGCAUCCAUAUGCUUUUAUUAAAUUCACAUUUCCACUUUUACAGAAUUAAAAUGACUACUGGAAAGCAACAUUUAAGCAUACCGAUUAGACCAUAUCACAGGUAGUCAAAAGGCAAUUGUGAACAGAUCUUCCAAAUUUGCAUGACAAAACACUUCAAACAUGUUUGGCUUUUGUUCAAUGGAUUCUUUGGCCAAUAAAGAGCAUCUUUUAUAAACGGGAAAAAUAAUGAUCUUCCAAUUGUAAUAAAAUGGGCCAUCCUCAACUAAAGAAACAUCAAAUAAAUACAAAACGUCACA